AUGUACAAUGCAAUUAUUGAUAGCCUCUGCAAGGAUACACUUGUAAGUCAGGCUUUUCAUUUAUUCUCUGAAAUGCUUGCUAAGGGAAUUUCUCCCGAUGUUACACAUACAGUUCUCAUUUUUGGAUUGUGUCUUGAGGGUCAAUAUAAGGAAGCCAUUGAUUUGUUAAGUGAUAUGGUGCUUAGAAACAUUACUCCAAAUGUUCAUACCUAUAGUAUUUUGAUCGAUGGGCUAUGCAAGGAAGGAAAGAUCAAAGAUGCUAAGAGUGUAUUGGCUGUAAUGGCAAAACUGAGUUACAAUAUCAUGAUUAAUGGCUUUUGCAAAAGUAAAAUGAUCGAUGACGCCUUGAAUCUCUUCGAAGAGAUGCGUCACAAGAACUUGGUUCCAGACACGGUAACUUACAGCACUCUUAUUGAUGGCUUGAGCAAAUCAAAGAGAAUCUCUUGUGCUUUGGAGCUUCUUGUCAAGAUGCACGAAAGAGGUCCACCCGCUAAUGUAGUCACUUACAAUUCCUUGUUGGAUGGGAUGUUCAAUAUCAAACAAGUUGACAAGGCACUUAUGUUAUUCAAGCAAAUGAAAGAGAAUGGCAUUGAUCCAGAUAUAUGGACGUACAAUGUACUUAUUGAUGGCCUAUGCAAAGGUGGAAGACUUGUAGUUGCAAAAGAGAUUUUUAAAGAUCUUUCUGUGAAAGGCUAUCCUCCAAAUGUGAGGAUACACUAUUAUGAUCAAUGGGCUCUGCAGAGAGGGCUUGUUUGA